AUGGCAUCAAAAAUGAGUCGAAAUCAAAGACACCGUAUGGCUGAAAAUUAUUUGGUCAUAUGGGUCGAUGGAAAUAUCGACAUGGCAAAUCAAGAUUGCCAAAAUACAAUGGAACAAUUACGUGCUGUCGUCAAUCAAGUUAAUCCAUGUAAGACAGCUGAACAAUGCAUACAACAGCUUAUGGACAAUCAAGAGGAGAUCUCAUUUGUUAUCUCCUCAGGUGCUCUUGGACAACAGCUGGUACCAGAUAUUCAUGAUAUGGCAAAAUUAAAUGCCAUUUUUAUAUUUUGUGGCAAUAAACAACGGCAUCAAAUAUGGGCCCAAAAUUGGGCAAAAAUCAAAGGUAUACAUACUUCAAUACAACCCAUUUGUGAUGCAUUGAAAAUGGCUGUCAACCAAUG